UUUACUUCUGCCUUCCACUGAGACAGUAGCACUGACAUUUGAUUGGCUUUUAAAGAGAAUCAUUAUCUUUUUUGAAGUCCUAUAGCAGGAAACCACUGGGGAUGUUUUCCUUAAAACAAUCCAUUUAUAACAACCCCUAUCUACGGACAGUGCUUUGAAUGGUGAUCCAAUAACACUCUUCAAUCCAAACCUCAUUGCUGGGACAAGAAAGUUUACGAACUUAUAACAUUACUGGUUGUUUUGUCUCCAGAGCAUCAAAUUAUUUUUGCCCGUGCAAGAGGUGCUUAUGAAUACCAAUACUGGUUUGGAUUUGUUCUUUCCAGCUCUCUGAAGUCACUGAGAACCUGACUCGUGUCUCAGCUGAGUACAGUGACCUCCUGGCAGAAAAGCAACAAACUGAAGGGGCAAUGAGUGAGCAAGUGUGUCAGCAGCUUGAGAGAAUCACUUCACUUAACAAGGAGAAGGAAGAGCUUCAGCAAAUGGUAGAGACUUGUAAAGAAAGGGAAGAACACUUGUUGAAGGUUCAGAGGCAAUCAGAGAUAUCGGCAGACAGCCUGACAAGCAAGAUUCAACAGUUAACCAAGACACUAAAUAGUGUCUCAUGUGAGAAGGACCAGUUAUUAGCUGAAAGUAAUAGGCACUCUUUACAACUUCAAGAACAAAUCUCAUCAGUGAAUCAUGAAAAAGAUGAGCUUGUUUUUGAAGAGGUCCUACAGUCCAAACAGCGGGACCAGCUCAAGACAGAAUUGCAAAGAAAUUCUGAGAUGUGUGUUGAAACAAAGGCAAAACUGGAAGAUGCUUUAGAACAACUGAAGCAGAGAAACCUGAACAAUAUGUCCAUUCAGGUGAACACAGUGGGUAUUGCAGAGCGGGUGGCCGAUAACAGCUUGACAGAAAAAACCUUGAAAAUUAAGGCUAUGAAAGUAAAAAUUCAGAAGUUAGAAAAUGUAAUAAAUGAAGUAGGAGACAGUGUCAAAGAGAGAGAUGAGAAGAUAAGCAAGUUACAAGCACAGAUGAGAAUAAGAACAGAGACAAGUGAGCUCACCCAACUGCAAGCCAAACUGAAUGAGAUGGAUAAUU